AUCAUUAGAUUUAAUAAAUUUCAAUAUUAUUAAUUUGAAUAAAUUUUAUAAAUAUUUUGAUUAGGUAGUGUUAAAAGUGAGUCAGCAUUAUACACUCUUGAACAAAACGUAUAGAAGAAUAUCAAUAUCGUAAAAAAAUGGGUGCCGAAACUAAUACUGAAAAGAAAAUUCCAAAUUUAGCUAAAUUUGCAUUAGGUGGAACAGCCGGAAUGAUGGCUACCUGUGUAGUGCAACCUCUUGAUUUAAUAAAAAAUCGUAUGCAAAUCGGGGAAUAUAAAACAUCUGGAGCAGCUGUAAAAGGUGUUAUUGCUAAAGAAGGGCCACUUGCCUUAUACAAAGGUUUAUCAGCAGGGUUACUCCGACAAGCCACCUAUACGACCACAAGAUUAGGAAUUUACACAUAUUUAAUCGAACGAUUUGCAUCGCAGCCUGGUCAAAAUCAAAGUUUUGCUGUAAAAGCUGCGUUUGGUAUGCUAGCAGGUGCUGCUGGUGCAUUUGUUGGCACACCGGCAGAGGUUGCUUUAAUACGAAUGACAUCUGAUGGUAGAUUACCACCAGCUGAACGUCGUAAUUAUAAGAAUGUGUUUAAUGCAUUGACACGAAUAACUACUGAAGAAGGUGUUACCACUUUAUGGCGUGGUGCAGUUCCAACAAUUGGUCGUGCUGUUGUUGUUAAUGCUGCCCAAUUAGCUUCUUACAGUCAGGCAAAAGAAAUGCUGAUGACUACUGGAUACUUUAAGGAAAAUAUUAUGCUUCAUUUUUGCGCAUCUAUGAUUUCUGGCUUAAUAACAACAAUGGCUUCAAUGCCUGUAGAUAUUGUUAAAACUAGAAUUCAAAAUAUGAGAACAAUAGACGGUAAACCAGAAUUUUCUGGUGUAUUGGAUGUGGUUGGAAAAUUAAUGAAAAACGAAGGUGUAUUUGCAUUAUGGAAAGGUUUCUUACCAUAUUAUACACGUUUGGGUCCACAUACUGUCCUAACAUUCAUUUGUCUAGAAGAAUUGAAUCGUUUAUAUAAAAAAUAUUUAUAAAAAUAUUUAAAAAAAAGAAAAUGUAGCCAUCAAAAGUCGUGUAUAUUUAUGGGUUGAUUUCAAUAAGUGCAAUAUAGCAAAAUUUGGGACAUGUUUUAUAACAGGAAUUUCUACGUUUGUUUAUGUUAUUUGUGGUAUGGAAAAUUUUCUUUUUAAUUUUUUUAAUUUCUUAGCAUUUAAAAACUCUAAUUCGUUUGAGGUCAUAUAUACUGUAAGAAAUGAAGCAUUUAAGGCUGUAAUUCUAUAGAACAAUAUGAUUUUUUAUGGGACUCAGCUCAAAAUGUUCGUAUGAGUGUGCAGAACAAAAUUCAUAUUGAUUAGAAAGUGUGCUUUUAAUACGAUCACACACGCGCUCGUACGAACAUUUUGAGUGGGCCUCCAUAAAAAGUCAUACUGGCAACCUUUUGAUCUUUUUUCCGGCUUUAUUUCUUACGGUAAUAACAACAUGCGAAGCUUGCAAAUUUUUUAACAAAUUUUUUUUUUUAAUUGAACGUAUAUUUUUCCUAAUUAUGCUUGUAGGUAAAUCGAAGCCAAAAAUACAAAUUGUUUUUCAUACUGCCAAAUAAUAUACGUUCGUUUAAACUCCAAAAAAUAUAUAUAUUAUAUU